CUUUCCGGGCGUCGGUAAGGAAAUAUCUGCUAGUUAUUCCUUCAAACAUCAACUGUAGGUAAGUAUAUAAUCAAUAUCGAAGUCAACGAAAUUAUUUGAAUUUCAAAAGCGCUAAGUAAUAUCUGUGUCAUCACCAUGGCCAACUCUUUUUCGACACAGCCUUCUUUUGAUUGUCAUAGCACCGAUGGCUGGAUCACUUGCUGUCGAUGUGGUAAAACGGAUUAUUUUGGAUAUGAACCCGACCCGUAUACUGCGCGGUGCAAAUUUUGCUGGCACCCAAUCUGCAAUGUUUGCGUCAGUAAGGCUACUGUUGAUGAAAGUGAGCCGGUUCGUCCGCAACCAAAACAGUCUGGUGUCGUCGAGGGACUAGGUUAUAGCAAUCCCCCACAAUUGCCGGCCCAUGUUAAAAAGCCAACAAUCCAAAAGGGUAGCAAGAACAACGAGCGCGAGCAUACUUCUGCUGGUUCACAAUACUCGAAAAGAAAGUUCGGCACAUCUAGUUCACCGAAAGAUGCGGGUCCAUCCGAGAGCAAAGAGGAAUACAUAACGGAAAUAGCCCAAGAUGUGUUCGAAAAAUUGAAAGCACAUGAAUUGGAUAGUCGGACAGUCUACAGGUUAUCCAGUAACCUCUUUAUACUUUUGGAGGCAUUCGUUUUCAACUUUGGAGCUACAUCUCUAAUCCACUACGAUAUAAUGGUAUUUAUAUACAAACACAGAGAGGCAAUUGUCGCAUCUUUUAAGAAUAUGUAUCAGCGAACCUGUAGGUCAUACACGAAAUCAAAUCCCAUGCCAACAGGUGACGAUACGGAACUCCAAGAAGAGCUUAGAGAUAUCUAUUUGUUGGAUGAUCCAGUCGGCCAGAAUGAAACCUUGAAUCUACCUACAAUAGAAAAAUAUACGCGACUCAUCUUUGCAGACCCCGGUUAUCUGUGGCUUCUUGAUCGAUUACGGCGAGAAAUAACUUUCGCGAACCCAGAUUCACAUAUCCUAGAUGAGAUAAGGAGCCAGAUACGGCAAACCGUCCCCCCGGCAAUGCCUUUGGUCCGUGGGAAAUUUCCUGGGUACAUCACGAUCAAGUAUAUCCUUGAUUGGGAUAUCUUGGGCUUUCUCCAUUCCCAGGAAUAUAACCCAUCCACUGCUGAUGUUAUCGCCAAGGUUAUCACUCUAACAGGAUCUAGUAUGGAUGCGCAAGCUCUCAGUUGUCGAGAUUACAUGGUUCAAAUAUGGCCCUCUACGGGAUGUAAAACCCUCGCAGUCCUUCAAAAUUCGCUAAAAGGCAACGGGAGCCACGAAGAGACCUUCACUUCGCCGAGUCCGUUGUGGAUCUCAGCAGAAAUCUGUCAUACUUGCGUCCUUGUAGCAGUCUCAGGGAUCGCAGAGUUCGUAGUAGAAAUAGGAGAACAACUUGCGUGGCUUGGUGCUGCUUUGCGACCCUCACCACCCGACAAUGGAAUAGUCCACUGUACCCCAGUUAUAUCUUUCAGCGACGCCCGUCCCUCUUCGGAGAACUGGAACCUCAUUCAAAUAGACUACAAAAUCGAAAACUGUGAGACGAAAUCACGGGACGAGAAUGGGCAAUGUUGGCAUAAUUUAUUUGCUAAUCCUACAGUCGUCCGAGGCUAUCCUAUUCCGAGAAGAUCCGAAACGAGCACAGGAUUGGAAUGCCCCCUAGACAUGUUGGUUACAUUAGCGAGAACACGAUAUAUCGAUACAUUCAAGUCCAAGGUCUUCAUAAAGGGGUUCUCUACCAUGUUGGUACCAACCAGACAAUCAGGAGACCUUCUCAUAUGGCACUUGCUUUACAAUGAUGACCCCAAAGAGCGAAUCUCGUACCUUGAUUGCGGUAUUGGACACGCUGAUGUUGACAUUAAUACCCUAGAGCAACAUCGCCAUGUUUUAGGAUGGUGUUCCGAUACGCUUUCCAUUGUUGGAACGGCUCAAGCGAAUUAUACAAUUGAGAAAUCUAGGCUGUCUAGGGUUCACUCUGGUUGUGUCUUAGAAAAGGCCUCGGUUUCAGGGGGGAAAUUUGUCACAGCCACAGCAUCCUUUAGCUUGGGCAACAGAGAAACCCCAGUUCACAUCUCCAGACAUGGCUACCUCAACAAACUCCAAUGGGUAUCAUCUAAGUAUUUCGUUUUCUGGGACGAAGAAGAGAAGAGGGGCUGGCUGGUGGACGGAGCCAGUGCCUUAUUACACAUCCUUCGAGCAUCUCUAGAGUAUAGCCAACGGACAUUCCGAUCCGCGUGGCUUCUAGACUUAGGCAACCUAAGAGAUGCAGUCGAGGAACCAGGAUUCAGUCCCACUCUUAAUGUUCUAAUCAACGAGGAGAACCGUAAUCUUAGACUCUACAAAGACAAGACUGAAGUAUACGACGAGCAAAUAUAUGACCAACAGAUAAAGGGGGGAGGGUUAAAAAGAAAGACGACAUAUUACAAACUAGACGAUCGAAUCGAACAUAUCUACAACAUAUUAGAAAAAUUGAUAGACCAUCAAGCUGAUGUUGAACAACGAUCAGGCUUGAAAAUUAAAUUUCGACCUCGUCGGCAACUUGAGGGUUGGGAUUUCAAAGACUUGGCUACAGACGGAGAUCCGUUCUUUCCUCGGGUAGCUCAUCUCCAAGCCAUUGGAAAGGGAUGGGUCGAUUUCACUAGAGCACUUCACGCAGUAACUUUGUUCGGACGGGGGUUUGGAGAUUUGAUACGGCCACAAUUCGGUGAAGGGCAAGCAGCACCUUGUCCCGUCUGGUCUAUAGUACCAAGUGCUCAGUAUUACCUCGCCGUCCGCAUUGAGGAUCUUGAAAAGAUUAUGGAUAGAGACGGAGACUCAAAAUCUGACCCAAGGAGGUUAUGCGAAAAUAUUAUUUGGCACACAAAGCAAGGAACAUUUGACUUAUGUCCAUGUACCAAAGAAGGAACACGCAACCAUCACGACCCAGUUCAAGUUCUGUUUCCGCGAAAAUUUGUGACAAAUUUCGAAUGGGAGCCCCAAGCCAAACUAGAAAACCAGGGAGCAGUCAUAUUCGGCCACAACAUGAAUAUCCGUUGGAAGUGGGGAGACCAAGGCGAUCCUGUGGAAGACAACCCUUCACAUUCUCAGGCAUCUCCUCCAAGUAAUCCUGAAAACACAGCACCGGAAUCCCUAGUACGUCGUUUCCAAGACAUGCUAUCAUCAAGUUACGAUAAGUACAGCUUUCGUCUUCCAAUAAGAAUACCUCGUCUAAGGAGUGAUCAACCACACCCAUCCCUCACGGCCUCGGCUCCCCAAAACGAAUCUGUCUCUUAAUCUCAGCCCUCCUCCUCUCCUUCCUCGCCUCCUCGGAGCCCAUCCCGAUCCCCAACCCGUGCCCCAUACUCAACUGCCUCGCCCUUUCCAAGAAACUCUUAACCUUCGGCAACGGCGACGCGCUCCCCUCCUUCUCCAACUUUCUUAAGUCCUCGCUCUGCUUCCGUUUCUGCAAUUUCUCCUUCU